AAUAAAUUCAAGAUCGACGGUCUAUAUUGAAUACAAUCUGUCUCCAUCAACACCCUACUGACAGGUGACGGCUACGUUUCUCAAUCAAUAAAGUCUCACUCACUCACCCUCUCCACAUUCAAUUUUCAAGCCGUCUCUUCUCUGCAAAGAAAGGUUUCAUAGCUUCAUUAAACAUGGCUGAAUCAAAACCAGGAUUGAGGAAACCAGUUUUCACUAAGGUUGAGCAACUUCGUCCAGGCACUAGUGGGCACACUCUCACUGUUAAGGUUGUUAGUACCAAGAUGGUAUUGCAGAAGGGUCGUGCUGAUGGUCCGCAAGUACGUCAGAUGAGAAUUGCUGAAUGCCUGGUUGGAGAUGAGACUGCGAUGGUUAUCUUCACUGCUAGAAAUGAUCAAGUGGACUUGAUGAAAGAGGGUAGUACUGUAGUACUGCGCAAUGCAAAAAUUGACAUGUUUAAAGGGUCAAUGAGGCUUGCUGUGGACAAGUGGGGUCGGGUUGAAGUUACUGAACCUGCUAGUUUCACUGUAAAGGAAGAUAACAACCUCUCACUGAUUGAAUAUGAACUUGUGAAUGUUGUAGAAGAGUGACUUUUUGGAGAGCGAUCACUUACUACCUUGUGACCAAAGAAUAAAUAACACUGGCGUAUCAUAGUACUGUUGUCUAUAUGGCAUCUCAUGUCCAAAACGCUUUACUGUUAGGAAGAAGAAAUCUGGAAGCUGGUAGUACCCAAGUUGCUUUCUAACUUUGCAGCAGAUCCAGUUGAACCUUUUGGUUGGAUCUCCAAACAGGUGGUGAUGGCUGUAAGUUGAUGAGUUAAAGCAGCUUUCAGAACUGGUUUUGGCUUGUUUAUGACCUAUUUAUUUUUGGAAGUUAGACUGAGUUUCAGUAUUGCUUCAUGCUUGAAGAGAUUUUAUAUCAUGAAAUGUAUGUUUCUGUACUUUAUAUAAUUAAGUGUGGUCUGGGCCUGCUUAAGUUAUCUA